CAAAACCAUUUUUCUUCGACGAUGCUCUUCGUGUGCUGACAUUCUGCGGAGCAGUGGCUCACGCGAGUUAAUGCUCUAACAUCCUCUCUCCACUACCGUUCCCUCAUCUUAAAAAACCUUGUUCAAAACCAUCUCCCCAGUUUAUUUGCUUCCACCAGUCCAGCCGACUAUUAGAUCUCAGACCGGGCCUGCAUUCCACGGUCCAGAACAGAAGGUUCACCCGCAAUAGCCAGCAAGGACUCCUCGGGGGCCGAGAAAAGUUUUCGCCUCCCGUUCCUUUCGAGUAAGGGAAAGACCUUCAAUUCGAGCGAGUCUGGGGUCACCCGACCGGGCUGGCUAGCAAAUUUUACCCACCAAGAAAAUCCACGCUUUGGACCCUUUUCCAGCGGGAGAGACCAAACAAAAGCGAUCGGUUGCCAACACAACGAGAGUUGCGAAUUUUCGCAACCAAUAUGUCACCGAACCCUUUCACGCUGGUCAAGUUGGCGUUUAGCCCGCACAAGUGGAGCACGAGAAGGUCGUCAUCGGUACAAUCUAUGCGACCGAGAGAGCAAUGGGAGUUGCCUGUGCCGGGUAUCUAUGAGUACAAACCAGGACGAGGGUGGUACCUGGUUGAGUAUAUCGAGAAUGCAGAUACCGGAUCCGUCUCUGAUCUGGGGACGGCGACGACAGCUAAGCAUGAGCGAUUGCCAAGGAAGGUCGUCUACUGUAAAGUACUGCAUCGUAUGAUGUUUGAGACGGAAUACGAAGACCGUCGACGAUUUGAAUAUGUCAAAACAAACUCCAGCUUCGACGUUCAGCAGUUGGGCUUCUUCCGUCUGGACGACAAUGUCACCUACGUACCAUGCUGGGACAGGUUUGGACACUUCAUUGAAGGGCCGUACGAACGCUGGUGCGUGGACCCGACGACAAAGCGCAUGCGUCCUAUGAAGUUCCAAGACGCAGUUAUCGAGGGUCAAGAGAGAGAGAGCCGCCGCGACAGCUGGGAGCGUACGCAGAAGCAAUCUGUGAGCGAUGUCUCCGCCCCUUGUAGCGUCUGCUCAUCCCCGAGCGUAACCAGCCUUCGAAAAGCGAAGUAUGAGGGCCGCGAUAGCAUCAGCACAAUUGCGACGAACAGCAGGGCCCAGGGAACCGCGUUGACUACGCCAUCAAGUGGCGUCCUGACGAGUCAGACCACCAGUGACGAGGUCAAUGCCGAAGCAUUGCACGCUGAGCUCAUGAAGCUACGUGAUCCCUAAGAGGACUUAUCAACUCCCCCAUCUUCAGCGUAUGAUACGACACUAUGAUUUCCAGCGUGCAUCGUGUCGGCGCAUUUAAAACAAUGACGUGACAGGAUUUGCUUUAGGCGUCAUGUUUUGGUCGCUAUAUUUGAAGGUUUGAAUACAACACGAUAUCCAUAGAGCGUUUGAAAAAAAUAUUCAGGGACUACGAUUCUUUUUUUUUUUUUUUUUUUUUU